AUGCCAGCUCCAGGCGGCACGAAGCGUGUCAGAGGCGUCCAAGUGUAUCGUCCUUUUGUCUACGGAACCGAAGCCCUACCGUUCGAUCCCGAGAACCGCCCCAAAGACGCUCCAGCCGAUCACACCCAUCGGUGGAAGGUGUUCGUUCGUGGUGUUAAUGGCGAUGAUAUAUCAUACUGGCUGAAGAAGGUUCAAUUCAAACUGCACGAUACCUACGCUAGUAGUGUACGCAUGCUUGAUAAACCGCCGUUUGAGGUUGAAGAAACAGGCUGGGGAGAGUUCGAAAUUGCCAUCAAAUUCUACUUUGCGACUGAAAGCAACGAAAAGCCACAACAAAUUUGGCACGGCCUCAAACUUCACCCAUAUUUUGGAGAUAUCGAACAACAGAAGAAAGACCGCGCAUUGAUCUCUAGUGUAUGCUACGAAGAAGUCUUGUUCAACGAACCCGUCGAGGCCUUUUAUGAUAUCUUGACAGGCGGUGGCCGUGGGUCGAAGGCUAAAACCAAAGGUGCGAAAGCAGCCAAACCGCCGCCAACAGCCGAGAUCCCCGCCAAAAGCGGUCCUGGCAACAAAUUCAGCCGCGAGGAGGAAAGUAAAGAAUUGGAUCGACUAGGUGAAGCCGUCAAGCAAGUCAAGAAGCUACAGGAAGAGGAGAAAGCAAAGAAUUUGACCCUAGAAAGCAGCCUCCAGGAACUGCAAGAGACUGAAGGGAAACCGAUCAAGAAGAAAUAA